GUGUGUGUGUGUGUGUGUGUGUGUGUAUCAGACCUGUCUCUGGUGUGUGUUUUGUUGGGCAUCUCUCUCAUAAUGAUGCUGGAUGGCUGCCGGUCCUCCUCUGAGUCGUGGGUUCUGCUGGGUUCUGCUGGAACCCUGAUCUGGGACUGGACGUCUGUGUGCGUGGUGCUGUUAUUCACUGUCCUGCAGGUGGCGCUCUAUUAUCUACCUGUGGGACCGGUGACAGAAGGCAAGAUGGGCUGCGAUGGAAAGCGUUUGAAAUACAAACUCAAUGGUCUGCAUGCGUUUCUCCUGACUGUGGUUCUGAUGCUGGUUCUGUGGUUCGCUGGCGUUCUGCGGGCCGGUGCUGGGACGGUCAGGAUCUUCUCUCUGGUGAGCGCAGCCAUGGCCGUCUCUCUGAUCUUCAGCCUCGCGCUGUUCCUGUGUCCAAUCAGAACACCGUCCUCCGCACAUGUGACCUACAACACGGGUAUGACCCCUCAACUCCUCCCUGUCUAUCCACAGCGCCUGAGGUCAGAGGUCAUGUGUGUGUUUGUGUUGCACAGCAAAGCCCCUGCUGAAGUUUGUUCUGGGUCACAGUAUGGAUCCUCGUCUGGGCCUCAUCGACAUCAAGCACUUCGUGAUGGUCAGGGUUGGGUUUAUCGGCUGGGUGAGUCUGAGGAAAUCAUGAUUCUGCGUUGGUCAAAUGAACGCUCACUGAUGUCUGUGUCGGUCCUGCAGGCCGUGAUGGAUCUGAAUUAUCUCCUGACUGCUGUAGAGAUGAAGAACUCGUCUCUCGCUCUGCUGCUCGUCAUCGUCUUCCAGCUCAUUUACAUACUGGACUUCCUCGUCGAUGAGGGCUCUGUGCUGACGACCAAAGAGUUCACAGACGAGCCGAUUGGGUUCAUCAUGAUUUUGGGCGAGUUUAUCUGGAUCCCUUUCUUCUCCAGUCUGCCUGCUUACUUCCUGCUUCAGAGACCCAAUCACAUCCACUUCCUGUCUGCCGUCCCCAUCUGUCUGCUCUUCGCUGCUGGCUUCCUGAUGUAUUACCUGUCUAACGAGCAGAAAGAUGGUUUCCGCAGAAAUCCCAGUGAUCCGGCCUACGCUCGUCUGAACACAAUCCGCAGCCCGGCGGGAAGCAGUCUGCUGGUGUCCGGAUGGUUCGGAUGGGUCCGACACCCCAAUUACUCAGGAGACAUCCUGAUGAUGUUUGCCUGGUGUCUGCCAUGCGGGUUCACCAGUGUUUUGCCGUACUUGCCGGCGCUACAGUGCUUUCAUUUAUUGAGGCAACGAGCCAAUGAGAUCGAAGAAUCCUGUCUGAAGAAGCACAGAGACGCCUGGCGGGAGUACUGUCGACGAGUGCCGUACAAACUGCUGCCUUGCGUGUACUGAGCAUCUCUCAUCUGUGUGUUUACAUGAACCGCCCAAAGCAUUGCUCUCGUGAGGAGUUGUUACUCCUAGCUGUGUGGAUCCCAUGAUUUGAACUACUAGUACACAGCCAAACGUCAUUCAGUUCAUUGAUUUAACCCGUGACAUUUAGUUUUGUUUGUAGAAAUCAUGUAUUAAGGUUGAUUCAGAGAGAUUAAAUAAACAAUUUUUUCAGUGUAAUGUCACAUUUAAUUU